ACCGCGUGUCCGCCGCUCAUUCACAUCCAGAUUACCGUAAGAUCGGGACGGGCGGUGCGCGUCGCCUCCUCAAUCGGGACGUUAUGGCACCUCGGCUGCUCGUCGGAGACGCGCGCGUUCUGCAAAAUGCUCACACUGGCUAUGCGGAGGGAGCACGAGGAUCGGGCCGCAAGGGCUGGUGACGCUUACGGACGCCAUCAGGGGGUUCAUUCUGGUGGUAACGGGGUAGACGGUAUUUCCGGAAAUUCAGGUGUUGUCGGUGUUAGUGGUGGUGGUUUCGGAUUUGGUAGUGGUGGUGCGGUGAGUGGUGACGAAUUCGUAGACAUCCUGCAAGUGCAACAAUUAUUACUCGACGGGGGUUCCCGUGGGAGAUCGGGAAUCGGAGGAGUUAGGGAGCCGGUGACGGCGCCGGACGCUGUUUCACCCUCCCCUGCUCCUUCCAGACUGUUGGACGCCGUCCCGGCGCCCUCCUAUUAUUACGGAGGAUACGGCCAACACGGACCUCCGACCACCAGCGUUGAUGACUUGGUAGCAUUGUGGUUUGCUGGACCUUCCGCUCCAGGCGUUCCACAAGGGACAGCCCUACAAAACACCCCGUCCACCAUGACCAUGGACGCAUUGGACACGCUGCCAGCCCAGCACCAUCACCACCAUCAUCAUCACUCCACGUUCUUGCUGACGGAGGCGGCUGCGGCCGCCCACCACUUCAACGUGCUCAGUUUUGAACCCUGUUUGUAUCGGGGAGCUGGUUCUAGCAUAGAAAGCGGCGGAAGUCCCGUUCCGGCGGCCACGGGGGUGGCCCCCGAAGACCCGCAGCCGUCGGAACCACAACCAGGAGAUUUAAACACCCCCGUAACCACCUCCGGGGAUAUCCCUACGUUCUUCGGUCCCACCACCGUCGUGGAACCACCACCCAUCACAGGUUCCCUAGAAGGCGAAGAACUCUCUUUAGAGCAACAACAACAACAACAAAGUCCUAGACAGUCGCCGGCGAACAGUCAAAUUGGCGAACGUGGUACACCCCAAGAACCCGCGAUAAGUCCCGGCUUAAGAGAAGAGGAUUGUAGCAAUUCUCUCAGCAUGUACCCAUCAGGAGUUCCAACCAGUUCUAAUAAUAACAAUGUUCAAAAAAUGAGAUCGGUUUAUUCGACAUCAUCGAGUCCUAUGUCUUCGGGGAUCCAACAGCAGCUUCAAACGAACAGUCCUUUGAAUGUGUCCCAAUCAAUGUCGCAUUCGCCCCCUUGGAUUUUAACGAAUCCCGAUAAACCUUUAUACCCCAUGUUUAUGAUGGGAAACCAAAGCCAGUCACCACAACAGUACCAUUCUGCUACGCCGAGUCCAGCGGGAACCCAAUACGAUGAUCGAUCUCAAACGGAACAUUUAAUGUUAAACAUCGAAUCUAAUAUUACCAUGAAACAACCUCCGUCUUAUCCGAGUUGCACAUCUGCAAGUCUACAAUUGGAGAUGCCGCAACAAGAUUUAGUGUAUUCGCGAGUUACCCAACCGUUGGUUUCGAACGCUAAAUACCAAUGGGACUCUGAUUACCAAGGAUCCAGCGGCCUAAUCGUGGCGGGACCUUCAAGUUUAGUGCCAAAACAAGAACCUUCGUACAGUGGUGCGUGUUCGAGUGAGGGAGGCUCGCAAUCUUACGGGGUACAAUUAGCCGAAUAUAAUCCCUCGACGAGUAAAGGACAUGAAAUUCUUUCGCAAGUGUACCAACAAUCCCCGGUGCCCUUAAAACUCGUCCCCGUUAAACCAAGAAAAUACCCAAAUAGACCCAGUAAAACCCCAGUCCAUGAAAGACCUUACGCGUGUCCCGUCGAAAAUUGCGAUCGAAGAUUUUCAAGAUCCGACGAAUUAACCCGACACAUAAGAAUCCAUACCGGACAAAAACCUUUUCAAUGCCGAAUUUGUAUGAGAUCAUUUUCAAGGUCAGAUCACCUAACAACGCACAUAAGAACCCACACCGGAGAAAAACCGUUUUCCUGCGACGUUUGCGGGAGAAAAUUCGCGAGAAGCGACGAAAAGAAACGACACGCCAAGGUCCAUUUAAAACAACGAAUGAAAAAAGAGAACAAAAUGAGUUCGGCGUCUUCUUCGUCACAAUCCGCUUCGCAACAAAGCCAACAACAAAGUCACCAUCAUCAUCACAUGCAUCCACAUCAUUUACAUCAACCGCACACGGUGACCAGCGAAGAUCCGUUAUCACUUCCGGUGGUUACGACGACACUGUGAGAAUUGCCCAUAGCCGAAUUGGCACCCGGCGAAUGUGUGCUCUUCAUACGUGAAGAUUGUGACUUGAAUGCGGCCGAUGCAGAAUUGAUUUAUGUACGCAUUGAGUAGCGUGAAAAAGUCUGAUGAUGGACGAAACCUGUACUCAGCUACCUGACCAUGAUCUCUAGAAGCCCACGUCUUGUGCGCAGCGUGCCAUGUUUCUCUUCAGUUUUGGUGUAAAUAUAUAAUAGAAGAGAAGGAGUUGUUGCUGUACAGAGUGUACAGAGUAUACAGAGUGAGAGUGAAAAAUAUGAACUGUUAAUACCCUUUUUCUACUACCGUACUUCUACCGCUAUUACUGUUAAAUAGUAAUUAGGGAGAAAAAUGUUUCGAAAUUUUUAUACUGCUCUUUCUUUUUUUGAAAGAUUAAAAAGAAAUUGCCCUGUUAAUAAUUGUGUAUUAUAGUUUUAUUGAUAGUUUUUUCUCAUUUUUUUGUUAUCGUUGGGAAAGCUCAAUCACGUCUUUUUUUUCACUUAAAUCUCCAAAUUGUUUCUUUUUUUGAUUAAAUUAAGGCUUAAAUCAUGCUCAAAUUAAAAUUAAAAAAAAGAUGUGCUUGAUCAAACCAUCGACUCAAUAAAUAAAUUUAAAAGAAAAAUAUUUUUUUAUAACUUAACAUGAAAGCUUUAAUCUAUUAAUACUGUUUUUAUUUUUUAAUUUUCUGUUUUUACCCUAAAAAAAAUAAUUAAUUAAUCGAAAUUUAUUCGAAUAAUUUGGCCUAAAAUUUACGCAUUAAAUUGAAUCUUCUAACUUUAUUUACUCUCUAAGAAAAAUUACUAAAAAAAAUGAAACACAUUCCGUACCGCAACGUAUAAAUAAGAUUUAAAUCCGUGUUUGUUCUGUUAAUAUUUUUUUAUAAACAUUUGUAGAGAACCGGUCUUGUUAAAAAGAGUCAAUAAUUAAAUUAAAAAUAAAUAAAAGAGAACGCAACGAGUAUUUUGCGUUUACGUUUCCGGGGAGUUCGAAAUCUGCCUUAAAAGAAGUGUCUUGUCCAAAUCAAAAAAAAAUUAAAUAAAAAUAAAACGGAGGAAGUUAUUGGUGCAAAUAGUUACCCAAAGCAAAAAAAUUCUAAUGUUGUUAUCACUGACAAGGUAUAUUUUUCUACGGCAGGAAAUCAGGAUUAAAAAAUUAAAAAGCAUCAUCUAGGACAAUCUUGGUUGAUUUAUGGAUAAAUUAAUAAAAAAAUAAUAGGCCUAAAUUCUUGUAAAUAAAUGUAUAUACAAUAAAAAAAAGAUUGCAGCACAAAAAAGAAAAGAAUGUUUUUCUUAAACCCACCUCAAGCACAAUCGAUUCUAAUUCUAUUUUUGUAACUUAAAAAUCAUUUAUAAAUGUUACCCAUUUAUCCAAAAUAAAAAAAAAAUGCUAGGAGGUGGUAAAAAAAAAUCUGGAGACGGUAAACGACUCAUGAGGCUGUUGUAUCGUUGAUUGUGAUAUAUUCGAAGAUAUAAACGGAACUUAUGUGAGAAGUUAUAGAAAGAGUAUUUAUUUGUACAUGUUCUCAGAGGCCGAUUUCGCGUAAUUUAAGCCUUAAUUAACUGUUAUUGUCACCGUAAUACGAAGGAAUACCGUUCGAGUCGAUGUAAUAUAUUCGUUUCUAAGUGGUUGUGCCCUUCGAAAAAAAAUCUAUGGAAAGUCUCAGACAAAAUAAAAAUGCUGAUUAAAUUUA